AUGUCAUCUUCCGGUAGCCGAGCGGCUAUUAGCACUCCUGUCAGAUCAACGCCACAAAAGUCCACCCCCGUUGUCGACAGCCCAGGCACUUGGAGACACCCGCGUCUCGACGAGAUCUCGAGACGGCGCAACGCGACAACAUUCUCCGAGAAGAAUGUGAAGAGGGUUGCUUUGAACGUUGUUUUCCUUCUCUGUCUCUGGAUUUCUCAGAUCCUCUCCCGAUCUUACAUUCCUACGCAAUGGUUCAGCGCUUCGCUACGGUCGUAUCUGGGCUGGGCGUACCACCUGGUCCAACUCAUUCCCCUCGCCAAUAUUGCUAUCGCCAUGCUGCCGUUGUUCCGAUCCGAGGACGACCUGUCCGAUAUUCCCUUGACCCCUGCGCAGCGCAAGCUCCUCGGUUUACCACCCAGCUCUGCAACAGCCACGCCUAAUGCUGUCUACAGCACACCGCCGCGAUACUCGCGUACCCCGUCGUUGGCAGGCUCGCCCGCCAGCAACAGAAGCUUUUCCGGCUCUCCGCUGUCUGGCAGAGGCAGCCCGGCUCUGGGUAGCUCUCUGAACGGACAGUCGUACUCUCCUUCUCCGCUCAACAGCCCUUCCAAGUUUUCGGCAAGCCUCAAUAGUAAUCGGAGGUCGUCCUUUGGCUCUUCGACAAACUUGGGGGCAAGCACGGCCUCUUCCCUAUUCCCCGAUCCAGGCACUCCGAGCCCUUCGACCGGAAAACGUACCAGCGUCGGCUUGAACAACAAGUGGCUUUACGAGAAGGGUAGGAGAUCGUCAGGUGGCAACUGGAUGCACUGA